AUGAACUAUCGUAGCAAUGAAUGGACAAUGGGUAUCCACUGGGCUCUCCCCCUUCUUCAGGAGAUUUUGCCUGCUGAAGUUUACGCCAAGCUUCCCGAUAAUGCCUGCAACCUUACAGAGGGCAUCCAUUCUGGCCACUACCCCAUCAUCAACGGCGAGACUGGCGAUGUGAUGGUGGGAGUGCCUUACGCACACGGCUUACGAGUUGCGCGUAGCAAGAUGAGAGCAUUAUGCGCUGAGGGCAUCAACGUGCAGGUGAGUCGAUCCUGGCAGAAUAGCACCAUCCCGUGGCAAAUUUGGGGAUGA